AUGGCUUCAGCUUCCCACAGCGUGGGGGAGCCCCGCACCGGCACCGGCACCGCCCAGGUGCGGAGCGCGGCAGCUCGGGCAGUCCGGGCAGUGCCGGGGGCUCGGGCAGAGCCGCCCCACACGCGUUACGCGGGGUUCAAGCAGCAGAUCCGGCACGUUCUCGGCUGGAAGAAAAUCCUGAAUCAGCAGAUGCCUUCCCCGGGAGGCGAGGCAGCGUACGGGGGUCAGUCCCACACUCACCGGCCCGGCCCGGAUCAGAGGGUGGGAUCGAAGCAGAGUGACCAGAGCCUGGGGUCUGAGCACAGCAAACCGCUGGCCCCGAGUCAGGGCAGCGCAUCAGAUACCUGUGUCCAACCUGCCCCGGGUCACAGGGCCGGACCAGAGCAGAAAAGCCGGCCUGGCCUGGACCAGAGCUCAGGGCCCGGGACCGACAGCCAACCCGCACUGGAUCCGGUGUCGGCGUCGGAGCACAGUUACCAGCCUGUACUGGUUCGGGAAAAGGGUACAGAACUUGGCAGUCAGGCUCUCCCGGAUGAGAACGGAGAGUCGGAGCACAGUGGCCAGCCCACCCGGGAUCAGGGCAUGGAAUCGCAGGCCAAUAACCAGGCAGCUCUGGACCAGAGGCCGGUAUUAGGGGCCAGUAAUCAGCCUGUCCUGGAACAGAGCAUUGGGUCAGUGAAACAGUACAGGUUUCUUAUCAGUGGGAAUGCUGGAUCUCUGAAGCAGUUCCCGCCUGUUAGGUCAAAGCUGGUUCAGGAAGUGAAUUUGGAAUCCGAGCAGCAGGUCCCGCAUAUUGUGGACCCAAAUACAGAACCAGAACAGCAAUCCCCAUCUGUGCAGACACAAGACCUUAGGUCAAAGCAGCAUAACUGGCUUCGGGAUGUGAAGUCAGUCCAACACAUACCGCCUUCCAUGGGAGGGAACAAGAGGUCACAGCAGCGCAUUCAGCCUUUUAAGUACCAUUUCCGGCCUGUCCUUGCUCAUAGCACAGGGUUAGAGCACCAGAUCUUCUUUACUCUGACCCGGAACCUGGGGUACAUUUCAGAUCUGUACAAUAGUGUGAAUCUCAUCCAAGAGAAUCAGCAGCCAGGCCCAGGAGAUGGAUCGUAUAUCAGUCCGGGUAAGAGAGACUCUGUCCGUUGGCCAGUUGUGAGAAAGCGGGCAAAAUCCUGCCCAGGGUCUCCCGAACGGAAAACAAAGCGAGGCAACAGGGUGAGAUUUGCUGACUCGCUUGGGUUAGAGUUAGCUGUAGUUCGAAGUUAUAGCUUAGCAGAUGAGCCAGAAAUUCCUGCACAUGUCUUAUCUAGUCUUGGUGGCAGGAGCAAUGAUGACAACAAGGUGUGGGUACAGUCCUUUAAGCCAAGUUUCCCAGCGCCUAUGGAAGCAGCAAAUUUCCUUGAACGACUACGGAAGCAGCAGGUUUGUUUGGAGAGAGUAUCCGAAUCAGAUCUAAUCAUCAGUGGGACCAUUCUGGUCUUGAACAUGGCAUUUGAAAAAGAUGUUACUGUCCGAUAUACCUGCACCAACUGGAAUCUCUUCUCUGAUGUUCCUGCUCUGUUUGACAAGAGCCUCGGCAACAACACAGACCGCUUCACUUUUACUCUGAGUCCAUCAGUUUAUAUGCUGGAGCCAGGCUCCUGCCUUGAGUUUGCUAUUAGGUAUUCAGUCAAUGGAGUGCAUUUCUGGGACAACAACAAUGAUAUCAAUUACAAGAUGAUCUAUAACAUUUAUCGGGUCAGUGAAUCAGUGUCAAACAGCCAGAGUACCUCAGCCAGUUUUGUCUGAAAAUGGAUCAUUAGAAAUACUUGUUACAGCCAGGAACUGUUGGGGAAAAUAACGUGGGAGAGGGGGACAACAGAGAUAUCUUUCCCUGGGGGAAGGGGAGAUCCAAACUCCAGGGAAGCACAUGAGAUUCCUAGACACUGGUAAUAAAUUAGAAUAGCAGACAUGAAGCUAAACAUUGCUGAACAAAUGAUCUUUGAAUCAACAGGACAAUUAUAAACCCGGUGUCUGAAUUUAGCUGACACUGAAAAAUACAUAGCAAAAGCUACUAGACUUGUCUGGAAUUGACUAUGACUGGGCAAGGCAGUAAUAACCACCUUAAGAAAAGAGAACUUCAAAAUAGGACAGAAAAUAUUAACCAAUAGUAAAUAGUGCUCACAGGAGAAAAUAGGUACAUUCAAUGUGAAACUUGAUUUAAUUAAUACUGAGAACUAUUCAGUUGCUGGAUAAAUUAACUGAACCUGUGCUGCUUUAAGUGAUUUUUCUCUUCUGCACCUUAGCAGGCUCCAAUCUAGGGCGAAAGAUGCUGGUGGGAGUACAUUUGUCACACAGCAUUUGUUAGUAUUAGAUACCCUCUUAAUGAAAAACACGGGAUGAUUACACAUUUUGAUGUUGAAAUUGAUAAUUAAAAUGUUAAUUGCUUCAGUGAGGGUCUCGCAAUACUUAUUUAGACUAACUCCAAUAAAGCCAACUCAACCCAACUUUGACUGAAGGUAGUAAAGUACAUUAUGUGCUGCAGAUGUGUGUGGCAGUGUGCAGGGUAUGUCAAGACCUUUUACAAUUUCAUAUUUGUACUUCAUUUAUUUUCAGACCUUUCCCUAAAUCCUUUUGAAAUACCGAUUUGCAGGAUUUCUUGCUCAGACAUUGGCACAAGAAUUUUCAGGCAUUUGAUAAAGUGACUUGUUGAAUAUAUUCUACACACACUAAUAUAUUUCUGAUAAAGCCCGUGACACUAGUGGUAUGUGCCUCACAAACCAUUAGUGUACAUUUUAUUUUAUUUAAUAAAAUUUAGAAAAAGAUGUUGCAAUUUCUUGUAGCUUCCGAAAGUGUUAAAUCCUGUGAGGAUCUUGGCACCAAAGAGAUGUUUUUUUAAAUGACGUAAGCUGCAUGCAUCCAGGUGCCUGAAACCACUCGUAAAACUCAAACAUCUUUUCUCUCUCAAAACAUCCAGAAAAAUUAUGUA